AUGGAAAAAAUGUGUAUAAAAAAGGGUAGUAUGAAAAAAAAUAUGUGUAAAAACAAAAAGGACGAAAAAGAGAAUGCAAAGGGCGAAAGAGAUGAGGGAAGGCCACAUGCAUACAGACAACUGAGGGAGCCGGGGAACAAAAUCAGAAUAAAAAAUGUCAUGAAUAGGCAGAUAAUUUAUGGAUUUAUAUAUAUAUACAUAUUAGGGUCCUAUAAAAAUAAAAUUACACUGUCUAUAGGCAAUACAGAUGUAAGAGGUGGAGCAUCACAAAAGGAAGAGGAAAGCGGAGAGAGCAUAGAAAUAACGACUGAGGCCGGAUCUGAGUCGACAGGCGUUAAAGACACAGUAUCGCAAAAAAAUAGUGGAGUAGAAUCUUCUGGUGCGAAUCAAGGGAAAAUCACGGAGACUUGUUCGCAGAACUCACGGAAGCCAGAAGAUGAGUCGGAAAUACUCAAAGAUUCAAAAGACUUCCAAAUAUUCACGAUGGAAGCAGGUCAAGUUAACGCAAUAGCAACCGUUGAAGCAACGAGAUACGAUUUGGUUCCUCUCAAGUAUGGGUUUAAGUACUUGUUUAAGGAAGGUGCGCUGUGCACGCAGGUUAAGCACAAGCACGCGACGGUGUGGGCGCACAACCUCGACGUGGACGGGACAGUGUACCCGAAGAAGGUGUACUUCAACACACACAUGAAGCUGCUGGUGGUACUGUUCGACAACAGGUGGUACUACUCGUACAACUACUUCAGAGGCACCUGGAAAUACAACAAGGAGCGUUCAAGAUUGAAGGGCUCGAAGAUCAUACUUGAAAGCCGCGAUUAUGCGAGCACGAGUGAAUACGAAGAGGAACCGAAUUACACACAGAAUUGGAACUCGGAGUACAGGGGUCUGCCAGGAUUCGACACAAAAUCGUUAAGUUCAGAACAGGGCACUAUAUCAGGAGACUCGUCGAGGGUCGAAGAGGAGAAAUUUGAUAAGGACCAAUUUAGUAUCUAUACGGUAUCUACCGAUGAUACAGCGACUGUUAAUGUUAACCAAGAUUCCCAAUUCAUAUUUGAGACUCUCAAAUACGGAUUUAAAUAUACAUUCAAAGAUGCUAUAAUGUGUGUAGAGGUGAAGCACAAGGACAAGACCGUUUGGAAGCACACUAAAGACACCCACGGAGACCAGUACCCGAAACUUGUUUAUGUCAGCUCUACGUUAAUGUCACUGUCGGUAGUUUUGGCCAAUAACUGGUUUUACUCUUAUGAUUAUACCGAGGGGCGGUGGAAGUUCAACUAUGAUAAGUCGGAGGGGAGGGCGUGCGAGUAUUGUUUGGAUAUUCCUGACGAUGUGGAACAAAUAGACUUGUUUGAUUACUCAGCGAGGUAUUUCGUCACAAGGUAUAAAAGUAGAUUUACGUUCUCGUUCAGAGAACACACCGAUUGCGUGAGAGUGAAGGUGGGAGACGAUGUGGUAUGGAGGCACGACCCUUUAAGGCACCCGGAAGAGUUCCCAGUUUCUGUUCUAUAUAACUCAGCAAGUAAAAGACUGUCUGUGACCUACUACCGCGACUUAGCCUUAGACGAAGAAUUCUACUUUGAACAUAAAGAGGGCAAAUGGAAGCCAUACUCCUGUCCAACGAGUAUGUCAUCGGUGUUUCACUUCUAG